AUGGAUAAAUUUGAUUCAAGAAAUUUAGAAUAGAGUCCAGACGGCAAAGAUCAGAACUAAAGCAUAUUAGAAUUGCAAGUUUUAAAUGAAAAUCUAAUCUAAAAAGACAAUAAACUUGAUGAUAAGCAUUAAGAAAAGUCAUUUAAUGUAUCAAAAUUACUUGAGCCACAGUAGAUUAUUGAUAUGAUACCAUUUGGGAGAUAUCAACUAUUUCUGGCUGCUCUAUAUUUCGCAAAUUUUAUUACCAACUCAUUCUUGUGCUACAACUAUUCAUAUUUACUUAUCCUACCUUAAUAUAAAUGUCUAAAUCAGACAACCAACUUAUAUGAGAAUUGUGAAAAUGAGUAUAUCUGCCAGACAUUAAAUUAGUAAUAAAGAGGAAAGCUUUGGUUCGUUGAUUAUCAGGACGUGUUGAGCAUGGAUAAUUGGAUUGACAGACUCUAAAUGCAUUGUAGUGAAGGAUACUUGAUUGGGCUGUUUGGAUCGAUGGAAUUCAUUGGCACAUCCAUUGCUGCUUUAAUAUUCCCACCUCUAGCAGACACUUAUGGAAGGAAAUAUUUUUCUUAUGUAUCAAUGUGGCUCACUGUUCCAGUUAUGCUAAUACUAUUGAUUUUUAGAAACAAUCAUAUUUAUUAUGUUGCGUUGACUCUAAAUGGUGUAUGCAUAGGGCUGAAAUAGUUUAUAUUUUAUACCCACAUUAUGGAAUUUAUGGGACUUAAGACAAGUAUUGUGAGUGGCCUAUUUUUCUUUGUUGACGGAGCAGUCUUCACAGUAUCUCCUAUUAUACUAUAUUUCAUUACUAGAAAUACCCAGGUUUUUGUAUAUAUUGGCCUAUCUCUGAGUCUAAUUACUAUUUUCAUUUCACACACUUACUUGAGGAUUCCCGAAUCUAUCAAAUUUAAUCUCAUUAAAAACAACUACUCAUAAUUGAAUGAAGACAUCAGAAAUAUUAUGAGUUUCAAUAAUACCCCAGAAGAUAUCUAGAAGAGAGUUAUGAUUGAGCUUUAAAUAUACGAGGAUUCACAGACUCUUAUCAAGCAAAAUGAAAUAAAUUUAAUAUAGUAAUAGAAAGAGUAGGGUCUUCUCGAUUAAAAAAUUAUGCUUUCUUAGAAAUAAAAUUCAAGCAAGAGUUUAUUUGAUACACUUCUUGAUACUAAACAUGCAGUUUAUAACCUGAUAAUGAUCAGUGUGGGAUGGAUUACUUCUACUUUCAUAUUCAGCUUAUUAGACUUUUUUGUUAAGUAUUUGCCUGGAAACAUAUAUGUCAAUCAGCUAGUCGCAUCAUUAUCAAUGUUUGGCUAUCUAAUUGCAUAGCCAGUUGCAGCCAUCUCGAAUAAUAAGAUUAGUUUAUUAGCAAGCUUUAUUGCAAGUUUAGGAGCAGUUUUUAUUAUGACAUGUGUACAUAACCUAAAUCAAUAUGUGUUUGCUUUUAUAUUUCUGCUGUUUAAAACUGCAUUAUGCAUGAGUUUAAGUGCUAUGUACUCAAUUCAUUUAGAUUUAUUUCCAACCUAGCUUUUGACCUCAAGUUAUGGUAUUUGCAAUUUUGUUUGUAGAUUAUGCUCAUUGCUGGCUCCUUAAUUAGCUGAACUACAUAAUAGAUUAAUACCUAUGUAUGCUAUGAUAGCGCAAUGCAUAGCAGCAAUUAUAACGACUGUAUUCAUUAAAGUCUCUUACAGUUAAACAUCAAAAUGA